GUGAGGUAUCAUCCCAGAUGGAGGGGAAUGGAGCGUCAGGAGCCCGGAGCCGGCUAUGUCCCUGUCUGCACUGUCCCAGUGGUCAGUACCCGGGGGGACCAAGUGCCGUCAGUAUUUGGAGACCAUGGCUAAUCACGCCCAAAGAUAUUGCAAGGGAACAACAAAGACAGAUGACAAUAUUGACUGACUCAGAGAGCGAGCAAACUCGGCAUACACCCAGUGCUGACAAAGUCCCGACAUUCCGACACCCUGUCAAACUUCUCUGGCCAAAAUCAAAACAGUUUGAUUAUUUAUAUGAAGAUGCAGCUCAUUUGUUGGCGAAUUUCCCAGUGCAGGCAACAAUCUCGUUUUAUCAGGAGAGUGAUAGUGAAUCAGAAAAUGAAGACAACAAUUAAUCCAAGGCAGGA